AUGAAUACGCAGAAGUCUGAUGGACAGACAGAAGCAGAGAAAGGUCAGGGCUGGCUCCAGCUCGCAGCUGAAGUCCAUCCCGAUUGGCUCAGUGAACAUCAACUACAACGCCUAAAGGAAAUGCUUGUUGUGGUUGAUGAAGAUGACAAGGUCCUUGGGGAGGACACCAAGAGGAGCUGCCAUCUGAACGAGAACAUCGAGAAAGGGCUGCUGCACAGAGCCUUCAGUGUGGUUUUGUUCAAUACAGAGAAGAAAGCGAUUCAGACGCGAUCAGACAUCAAGCUGACUUUUCCUGGGCAUUUUACUGACUCCUGUUGUAGUCACCCAUUAUACAACCCUGCAGAACUGGAAGAAAAGGACGCCUUGGGAGUGAAGAGGGCAGCCCUGAGACGCCUGCAGGCUGAGCUGGGAAUUCCCCAGGAGAGGUACGAAUAUCUGCCCAAGGACAUAGUGUUUAUGACAAGAUAUUAUUACAAAGCAAAAUCAGAUCAAAUUUGGGGAGAACAUGAGAUCUGCUACCUUCUCUUAGUGAAGAAGAAUGUGACCAUCCACCCAGAUCCCGAUGAAGUUGACAGCUGCUGCUACCUGGCCCAGGAGGAAUUGGAAGAGCUCAUGGAAAAGGCAGCCAGGAGCGAAGCGAGGGUCACACCCUGGCUGAGAAUCAUUGCAGAGAGGUUUCUGUAUAAGUGGUGGCCUCACUUGGAUGAAGUGACCCAGUUUGUGGAGCUUCAUAAGAUACACAGAGUGUGAAAAACAGGGAGGAAAGUGUCUGCCAGGAAAGACCAGAUAGCAAAGGCUAUGCUUGCAAGUGGGAGACUCUGGUUUAAAUGGGAUU